CCACUAAUAGAAGCCACACAAAAAAUAGUUUGCAUUUCCUUCUUAACAUUAUUAAAACCCAACCUUCCUCUCAUCACCUUUUGAUUUGAUCCCCUCCAACGCCCAAUACGACCUCCCUAACGCUUCCCAAAAUCCUCGACCGAAAAUGAACACCAUGACCUCCGCAGCUGUCGCAAUCCCAUCAUUCACCGGCUUAAAGGCAGCCGGCGCAGCCAAAGCUGGAGCCGCCGCCGCUAAGGUUGCAGCGGCUCCAGUGGCAAGGAUGAGCGUGAAGGCCUCGCUUAAGGAUGCGGGAGUUGCCGUUGUGGCCACCGCAGCGAGCGCAAUGCUGGCCAGCAAUGCCAUGGCCAUCGAGGUGUUGCUGGGUGGCAGCGACGGGUCGUUGGCCUUCGUACCAAGCAACUUCUCGGUAAGCGCAGGAGAGAAGAUUGUGUUCAAGAACAACGCUGGGUUCCCACACAACGUUGUGUUCGACGAGGAUGAGAUUCCAGGGGGAGUGGACGCCUCCAAGAUCUCAAUGAGCGAAGAAGACCUUCUUAAUGCACCUGGAGAGGUAUACUCCGUCACUUUGACUGAGAAGGGAGACUACUCUUUCUACUGUUCCCCUCACCAGGGAGCUGGCAUGGUUGGAAAGGUGACCGUUAAUUAAACACUGUACCCGUACGUAUUUUAAAAGGGGGUCGUCAUCUCAUACUUUCCUCUUUUUUUUUGGGGAGGUAGUAGAGCUAUCAUAAAUCGUGCUUGAGAUAAGAGAAUGUAUGAGAUGAAAGCACUUAUAUGGUGCAUUUGUUUGUUUUUUCUUUUUUAAUUUUCCACUACAUCUUUCUUUAUUAAGAGUUGUAGAUUUAUGGUGCUGACCUUUCAUUUGUGUAUGUAUUGUCUUGCCUUUGCUCUCUCUGUACUUGAAAUGUCUGAAAUGUAGAUAAUCGGUUAAGUAUGUGUGGAUUUUGGCCAGGAAAAAAUAAAAAUAAAAAUUUGGUUAAA